AUGAGAUCUGGUUUCAUAAAUUGGAAAAAAGCAAUUGAAAAAUUCAAUGAGCAUGUAGGUGGAGUUGGUAGUGCGCACAAUGAGGCAAGAAUACAGUUUGAGGGUUUCAAGAAUCAAAGACAAAGUGUGGAGUAUUCAUUUUCAUCAGGGAAACAUGAGCUUGAAGUUUCUUAUCGCAAACGCUUGACUUCCAUUUUAAAAGUAAUUCGAUUUUUGUUGUUACAAGGAUUGCCUUUUCGGGGACAUGAUGAGUCUUCGACAUCAUCCAAUAGAGGAAAUUUUUUAGAAUUGCUCAAAUGGUAUAGCUCAGAGUGUCCAGAAGUUGCGGCAGUUGUUGGAAUGAAUGCACCUGGAAAUAAUCAAAUGAUUGCCCCAAAAAUUCAGAAGCAAUUGGUGAAUGUUUGUGCAGUUGAGACCACAAAUGCUAUUCUAGCUGAUCUUGGAGAUAGGUGGUUCACUUUACUACUUGAUGAGGCUCGUGACUAUUCAGUGAAAGAGCAAAUGACAGUUGUUAUUAGAUAUGUGAACAAAUAUGGAGAGGUGAUUGAACGAUCUAUGGUCGUAGUUCAUGUUGCAACAACUACAACUGCUUAUUUGAAGGAGGCAAUCGACUCUUUAUUUGCUAAGUAUGGUUUGUCAGUGGCGAGAUUGAGGGGUCAAGGAUAUGAUGAGGUUCUUCAAAAUUUGAUUGAUGAUGAUGAUCAUUCUUCUAAGGGUUUAAGUAGAACUUUGGUUGAAAGAAUGGAGAGGUAUGAAUUUGUGUUUAUUCUACUAUUGAUGAAACGUAUACUGGCAAUCACAAAUCAUUUGUCAACCGUUCUACAAGAGAAAGAUCAAAAUAUUGUGAAUGCGAUGCGUUUGAUCAAUAAUGUGAAAUGCAAAUUGCAAAAGUUGAGAGAUUCUGGAUGGGAUAUUUUACUCGAGGAUGUUAUCGAUAUUAUUCUACAGGAGAUGGAUAGUCGUUUCUCUGAAACAACUAUAGAUUUGUUGAUUUAUAUGUCAUGCCUUGAUCCUAGGAACUCAUUCUCUAGAUUUGAUGUACAGAAGUUAGUGCGUCUAGCUCAUUUUUAUGAGGAUGAUUUUUCUUGGAAUGAGCGUAUGUUGGUUGAACAAGAGCUUGAAACAUAUAUUGAUGACGUCAGAUCAGAUGAACGGUUUGAAUGCAUUUCAGAUUUAGGAGCUCUUGCAAAGAAAAUGAUUGAAACAAUGAAGAAUCGUGUGUUUCCUUUGGUUUAUCGGAUGAUUGAGCUAGCCUUACUUCUUCCAGUUGCUACUGCAACCAUUAAAAGAGUGUUUUCGGCAAUGAAUAUUGUCAAAACAGAUUUACGAAACAGGAUUGGAGAUGAAUGGAUGAAUGAUAGUUUAGUAGUCUAUAUCGAGAAAGAUGUUUUUAAUACUGUCGACAAUGAGCCAAUUUUACAGCGUUUUCAGAACAUGGAGUCUCGAAGAAUGCAAUUGUCACGUAUUCGUUAG